ACGCUGAUGACGUUAGUGCAGCUUCAAAACCAAGAUUAAGCGAAGGAAGAAGCGCUAUCACGAAUGCACUGUAUCGCUAUAUGUUACGCAAGAGAGACGCUGAAGAGGCUGGUGACAGAUUUGGACGUCUACUGCUACUCGGCACGGUGUUAGCAACAAUGGCCGUGGAGAGAUGGAAGGAACGCCCAAAUCGAGGACUCACGGCGUAUCGCAGUUCACUAUUUGUCAAUCCGAUUAAAAAACUCGCACAACAACAGCUCAGCAAGGAGCGUCCGUACCGUAUAAAUAGCCAUCUUCUUCGCCAAAUUAUCGACAAAAAGCUCUUUGAGUUAAUCGUUGAUAUUUUCGCAACCUUUGCGGGUGACGCCCUGAAGCUGUCUGCCAGACGCCAUGUGUCUCCAAUCCAGUUUCGCCCCAUUAACCCACCAGAUCGAUCUGGCUAUAGGAGAC